UCAGUAGGUAAACAUGUUGUAAACAUUGAGCGAUGGCUGCUUUCAGCAGUGACGAACAGCGUUGUAUCGAACAGCAAAUAUAUGAGUUGAGCUCCGUGUGUCCAACGCCACCCGAUAGAAUUCGAAAUGUGUAUGAACUUGAUCGAUGUGAUCAAUGGAUUAAUGCUAAUGGACUGUCAAAGGUUUGCUUGCAGUUUCCUGAUAACCUCUUAUGUGAUUCCCCUGAUGUGUUACUCAGCCUUCGGAACUCAUCGGGUGCACAAUGCUUCAUCUUAGGGGACACUUCUUAUGGGAGUUGUUGUGUGGAUGAAGUAUCAGCUGAACAUGUCCAAGCGGACGGAAUAAUUCACUUUGGGCAUGCUUGCUUAAGCCUCACUAUACGUCUUCCUGUCCUUUACAUAUUCCAAUCAAAGCCGUUAGAUGUUCAGAAUUUAAUGAAUGCAAUCAGUGCUAGGUUUGAGGACUGCAAUUCCAGCCUCCUUGUCAUUUAUGAUGUGGCUUAUUCUCAUAAAAUUGCGGAUGUUGAUAAAGCCUUAACACUGAAAUUUCCCAAUGCUGUGUCUGCUCGUCCCACUUUGAGUAAUUCUGCAAAAGAGCAGUAUAAUUGUCUUGGAAGUUCUUUCACUCUUCCAGAUAAAUCAAUUUUAGAGAAUUACAAUGUCCUAUAUAUUGGCCAUGAUGGAAGAACAUUCACAAAUUAUCUCCUGGAACUAGCAGCUUGUAAAUUAUUUCGAUAUGAUCCUGAGGAAACACAAUCAUGUGUACAACCUGCAGACGGAAAAAUUAGCAAAUUCCUGAUGAAACGAUUACAUUUAGUUGAAAGGGUAAAGGAUGCAAGAACACUUGGUAUUUUAAUUGGUACUCUUGGAGUGGAAGGGUAUUUAGAUGCUGUUGAUCGAGUCAAACUGCUUGCCAAGAAAACUGGGAAAAAAACUUAUAUUUUUGCUGUUGGGCGUCCCAAUAUCCCCAAGCUGGCAAAUUUUCCAGAGGUGGACGUUUUUGUACUUAUUGCAUGUCCUGAAAAUUCUUUAUUUGACUGGAAAGAAUUUUAUCAACCAGUUGUUUCUAUAUAUGAAGUGGAAUUAGCUUGCAACUCAGCCCGAGAGUGGUCAUCAAAAUAUGUAAUAGACUUCAGGCAACUUCUCUCAGGUGGAGGGGAUCAUGUGGAGCUAUCCGAUACCCCGGAGGACACUUUGGAUGUGUCCUUGAUAACUGGCAAAGUUCGCAACAUCGAUCUAUCUUCUUCAGUAAAUGAUUCAGAAGAGCGGAGUGUAGCUGCCAGAGCAGACUUGGCAGUUUGUGUCAGUACUGGGAGCCAAUUUCUAUCAAACCGUAGUUGGCAGGGCCUUGAACAGAGUUUAGGCCAAACCCCUGUUGAACUGGCUUCGGUUGGAAGAAUUGGUGUUGCAAGUAGUUACCAAUCGGAGCCUUUGCAAAGAAAAUUGGAGUAAAAUUCUUGUCACUUUGUCUAUUACAAACUUGCUGUUAUUGAAAA